UCCUCAUCCCCUCUGCUCUCUGUGGAAGCACAUUGUUCAACGCGGGCUCGUUUUACCCAGAACCAAUGAAUGCCUUGGUGCAUUUUAGCUCCUGAAAACCAAACACUUUCUCGGAGAUAACAAGGUACAGAUAUCUGAGGACGGCGGGAAGCAGACCAAGAACAUUUUGUUUCCUCAUCAUUAUCACAGCUGAGAGGCAACAGAGUUGAAAGAUUUUUUUUCUUCUUCUCCUGUAGACGAAACGUCGCUGUUGUCGCUAAUUAGACCCCUGCUUGUUCGGUGCUGUGUGCCAGUGUGUGGUGAGCAGCAGCAGCAAAGAUGACGGAGUAUAAGCUGGUGGUGGUGGGAGCAGGAGGCGUGGGCAAGAGUGCACUUACCAUCCAGCUCAUCCAGAACCACUUUGUGGAUGAAUAUGACCCCACUAUAGAGGACUCGUACAGGAAGCAGGUUGUGAUUGACGGGGAGACCUGCCUGCUGGACAUCCUGGACACUGCAGGUCAGGAGGAGUACAGCGCCAUGAGGGAUCAGUACAUGAGGACAGGGGAGGGCUUCCUCUGCGUCUUCGCUAUAAACAACACCAAGUCUUUUGAGGACAUUCAUCAGUACAGGGAACAGAUUAAACGUGUAAAGGACUCAGACGAUGUGCCCAUGGUGCUUGUGGGAAACAAAUGUGACCUCCCUGCACGUACGGUGGACACAAGGCAAGCCCAAGAACUCGCCCGAUCCUACGGCAUCCCUUAUAUAGAGACCUCUGCAAAGACACGACAGGGAGUAGAGGACGCUUUCUAUACACUGGUUAGAGAGAUCAGACAGCAUAAGCUGAGGAAGCUGAACCCUCCUGAUGAGAGCGGUCAGGACUGUAUGAGCUGCCGCUGCGUAGUAUCAUGAUGCAGCUGACUGUGGCACAUGGAGGAGAAAUGCUACAGUGUGUAGCGGCAGCAUGGACUUAAAGAAAGAAAGAAGAAACAACUCAAUGAUGAAAUACAAACUUUUACAAAAAGAGGAUGAUUGAAGCAGAGGCCGUCAAAGGAAACCACCAGAGCUGACUGAACCAUGGACCUUUGUGGACAGGAGGAUUUGGACUGUUGCCUAAGUGGCUACCUGAACUAGCCUGGUCCGGCCCUUUUUUUUCUUUUUGGUCCACACGUUGACCUGAGAGCGACACCACUAAUGACUCUUCGUCAGCUCCAGUGUGGUCUCGCUGGGUGGCUCCACAAGUUCCCUGCUAACUUAUUGUUUUCAGUCACAACACUGGUCUUAAACGGGGUGUCUCUGACCUCCUCCCACCUUUAAAACCUAACUUCACCCCCCUCCCCGGCCUGCCCACUGGAAGGACUGACUUUAAUGGAAAAGACUGGAAAGAACUUUAAGUUACCCCAAAACCUCUUCUAUUAUUAACCUCCUCAUCCCUCAAGUGUCUGCUUGGUUCCUUCGUUGUACUGCAAACAGAGGAUGAAGGCUGACAUGGGACUGACUAUAAUUUGUUGUUGUUGUUUAACAGUUAGCCUAGCUGUAAAAAAAAUUUGUUUUAAAUAUGAAUCUUACUUUGUGAUCACAGAAUUUAAAAGUCACUGAGCAAUAUGUGAGCAAGGUUAUUUCAGAUGGCACCUGGUUUGACAUUUUUCACAACCUGCCUCAUACAGUUAGAUUUAUUUUUAGAUUACAAAUGUCAAAUUGAGGAUUUAAAGCAAGAUAAAAUGUCCAGUAUGCAGCUGCUUUCUUUGUAUCUUUUUGGAUUAAUAAUAGUAAUAGCUAGUGUACGUAAGUUCUGGUGCAAUAGGAUUCUUUUCUGUCAGAUUUACCCAGAUCAAACCACCUCUUGUGGCUACUAAUUUUCCUGUGUUUAUUUGAUUUAAAAAAGAGAGGUACAAGGCAGGAAAAUGAAGAUGUAGCGGCCUGUAGAAAAGGUUGAAACCCUGAUGUUUUUGUAUAAUUACAGGCAAUAGUUUCAGACAAAAUCAGAUGCUUUUUUGCGCAUUUCUUUUCAUUCAAAUCUAAUUUACUCCAUAGCUGUAACGCCUAUCGCAAGAAUCACUCCUUGUGGAUAUACGGCUCAGGAAUCAGGCUCCAGGACAUCCCACCUAGCAGUCCUGACCAGGGUUAAGGAUGUCGCUAGUUUGAUAGCUUUCAGGGUGGAUCACACAUUCCUGCCUCAGAGUGAGUUUAUAAUUUUCCCACACACCAUAGUAUCCUCAAACCUCUCCUCCUCCUGUCACCUCAGCUUUUUAACGAAACAAUAAGAAGUCAGGUGCUAAUCAUUUCAGAUCCACAUUUACCGUAUAUGUUGGAGUGCGCUGCUUGUUUCUUAACACUCGCUAGCUUGUCCUCCUCAUGACUGCAUUGUUCUGCUGCCUCAGUGGAAGAGACAGCACCGUGUUGACUUUGCCUUAUCUGUUAGCUAGUUUGUACCUCAUGUAUGCAGCCAGUUCUACCUGGGACGUGCUCUGUUUGCUGCAUUGUUUUGUUUGUUUAUGUGCAACUAAAAAUUUAGGAGUGUUGAGUUUAGACAUGCGCUGUAUAGAAUUUAAAUGACAGGUCCCUAAAAACACUACACUGAUUUAAAUAAGAGGGUUUUCUGUAACGCCAUGUGUGUCUGAAUGUUUUAACAAGACAGAAAAUUUCACAGUAAGUCCAAUGAAAGCCAAGUUGUCUUGCUCCUCUGUUCAUAUGAUUUUCCUGUUGAAUUUAAACAUGUCAUGGUGAUUGAUUGCUAUAAAUUGUGACCUUUUAUUCAGAUUUUCUCAAACAUUUCAUACAUGAAUUAUCAUGUGCAGAUUUUUGGAAAUUCCUGGUGACGUUUGGUAACCAGCUUUUUAUGCAGACUAUGAAAACAUCUAGGACCUCUUUCAUGAGAGAUGAAAUGUUUCGUCUUCCUUCAAGGUUGAUUUUGUAAGCUAAAGUGACUCUUUAAAUUCAUAAAAUGGCUUAAAGAAACAUAAUCAGUCUUGGGGACAACGUGGAUGUUAAUGCUUAAAUUGUUUUUACCAAUUAUUUGCUCAUUUCUCUGCUAUGAGCAGGACUAUGAGCUUUGAAUGUGUUAGUCCUUAAAACCUUUUUAAACUAUUGUCAUGUUUUAAAUUUACUAUACUGAAAUAAUGCAGGAGUUGAUCUUUGGUUUAGCCCUUAAACUUAAACCUUUAAGUAGAAAGAUGAUGGUAACAUGUAAAGACAGUCCUGAUGGUAUGCUUGUCCUCUCCCUGUCAGUACAUCCAUAAUAAUAGUUUCACAAAUCUAUGUAUUCAAUUCCCAUUGCUUGAAAAUAUCUGCAUCAUGCCACCACAGGGAAACUCCAGCCAGCAAACCACAAGUAUACAUGUCAGAAAGAAAAACCUGGCAAGCAUGACAAAGACUGUACGGACCAUUUGGGAGUUUUUGCACAAGGAUACAGUGGGCUCAGGGGCUUGUUUUCACCCUUGCAAACUGUGGAACCGGGGUGUGGUAGAAGGAAUUUGUGAAAAUGUCAACUGUUUAGCUAUUUAAGAUGUAUUUACUCUUUGAAAAUGUGGCAAAUGUAUUGCAGGACAGGAAUAAAGAUGUCAAGGUUAAA